CACCAAACAAUCAACUACGGAUUUGGCACUCACAUGCUUCCGAGAAGCAGACCGCAUAGAAAAACCACCGCAAACCUCGCUUGUAGUUCGUCUGGAUGCUCUUGGCCGUCUUCCAGUUCUCGCGAAAGCCUUCCGUUAGCAGACAGCCGUGGUCGUCCGGGAGCACCCGGAGGGCCUCCCUCGGGGUCAUGUACUUGAGCCAGCCCACGCUGAAGAAUAUCAGGCUCGAAAAGGUGUUGAGCCCCUGGCUGAUCUGCCCCGUGACCACAAAGUCCGUCUUCAAACUGAUUCGAAUCGCCGCAAUCACCACCAAGAAAAUUGCCUGCGAUCCAAACUGUACCUGCUGAAAGUUCUUGGAGAAUCCGUUCAUUUUAGAUUCUCCCACAUCCCUUGCCAUGUCCGGCAGAUAGGCGUAGAUGCACACAAUCUGCAGCUGGUAAAAGACAAUGGCGACGCACUGCAUGAUCGCCAUUGGAAACCAGGUAGAUUCCACCGUGUAGAUCUGAAUGGCCUGAACGGCAAUCAUCACCGCCGCCGUGGCAAUCCCAAUGGGCUUGCGGUAGGGCGUAAAGUCGACAAAGGCCCCGCAGAUGGGCAUGAACAGACACGAUGCGAGCGCAGAAAUCGAGGCAAUGUUGGUGAUCAGGCUCGCAGGAAGAAAACCGUGCACGCUGGUGGUGCAUGUCUUUCCCAGCUCGCAGCCGGCGGCAGUCGUUGCCAAGAACAGGAGGGACUGCGACAUGAAAAUGUUGGACAUCACCAGCAUGCCCCUUCCCGCUCCCAGGUACGAGUAACCAGCGGCGUCGGGGUUGCCAUCGUACGGGUCGCAGCAUUUCUUGCGGGUUUGUUCGGUGUCCUCCUUGAAAGGAGCAUUGCUCGUGUUCGCUUCGGGCAAAUCCGUCAUGUUUGCUUCGAAAAUACAGUUGUUUCUGCUCUCUCUUGUUUUGUUGUGCCAGUGGUGUUUGCCAAUUGGUAUUGAAACUGAUACCGUAUUGACCGAUUGUUGUUUGUGAAAAAAAACAACCGAGCUUGUGUUUAAAAAUUGUCGACAAAGUGUUCGUACGAUGAGACGUUGAAGAAAUAAGAAAUGACAGAACAC